AUGGACGUACCCCUUUUCCCAGCACCACCAGUCCUUGGGGGUGUUGCGACGCCUGUUAGUGAUGUUAUAGACGUUGCAAGGUUGACGCCUGUUUCACUAUCCGCUGUUACAUGCACGCGUGAACAACAUGUGGGAAAGAAAAUGCACAGAGCGGUCAAAAUCCACAGAAUACGACAUUCUACUAAUAGGAACUUAGUACAUCCUAAAUCGAAGGACCAAAUCGAGCAUCAUACGUCUACAACAGUAUCGGAAGAAAUUUCUCCACGAAACAAAACGACCACAAAUACUGAAAAAUCAACAAAAUCAAUUGCUAUUCAAACGAUAGUUGGGCUACCAUUGCGACUCAGGGUUUUACCAUCCGUUAGAGAUAUUGUCGAAGAGAAAAAUGUAGAUUCAUCAAACGCAAAAGGAUUUUCUAAAGUAUGGAGGCAUAUUAGAUUUCUAGGAAGAUUAUCACUUUCGUUGUUCGGAUUACUAUGGUUACUUACCAUAUGGGCCAUUGUCGGUGCACUGGCUUUUUGUGCAAUAGAAGGACCACGAGAACGUGAGCAAGUUGUAAAAUUAAAAGAUAUGCAGAGGGAUUUAGCGGUUGGUUUAGCGACAGAAUUAAGACAGUUGCGCACAGAGAAAGAAGAAGACGUAGAACCACUUUGGAGUAACAAAGUGCACCAAUAUGUAGAAAAACAUGAAGAGCUAUUAUUGAUGGCGGUUAAUUCUGGAUAUGGCGAAAAUGGAAACAGUGGACAACUGUGGACGUUCCCUGGUUGCAUCUUAUUUGCCCUGUCGCUUCUGACUACUCUUGGUUUCGGUGCUCCAGUUCCACGGACAACAAUUGGUCGAACAGUAACUGUUAUUUUUGCAGCUAUUGGUAUACCUGCACAUUUUCUUUUAAUUAUGAAUCUUGGUCUUCUGUUAGCAGUACGAUUACAGAGAUAUGCCAUAUCAAGGAAGUUCAAAGGAUACGAUCCAACAGAUUUAAGUUAUUUGCCGCCAGUGCCGAAAUGGGUUAAAAUAGUGCCCUUCGUUUGUGUAGUCAGUUACUAUCUGCUGGGAAUCCUGUGUUUCGGAGUAGCCAGAUCCAGACCAAUUGCAGCAAGUGUUUUAUUUCCUCUAGAUUUUACUGCUGCUGGUGGACUUUCAACAAUAGUUGGUUAUGUGCGAAUAUUAUAUGGUUUUUAUUUAGAAGGCGCAGUCACUAUUGCUGCUAUUGCGGUUGCAGUUUUAGGUGUAUCAACUACUCAAAAUUUGACUAAUAUUGGUCUCAAAUACGGUUUAUUAAUUGAAGCAUAAUAUUUUCAAUAAACAUUUUAUAUUUCGAAUAUAAUUGUUUUAAAAAUAAUUUUUCAUAAAGAAUUAUUUUAUGUUUAUUUCAAUAAAUUAUAUUAAAUUGAUAUGUAAACUAGUAAAAUAUAAUUUUAAAACCACUUUAGAAUAAAAUUUUGUAAAAAGUAUAUUAGUAUAUUAUUCUAUUUUAUUUUAUAUCAUGUAUCUUAAUCAUGAAAUACAUUACAACUAAUAGAUAGCAGAUUUUUA